GAUGCUACUAAAUCAUUAAUUUUUCUUUAGUGUUUUUAACUUUACAGAAACGGCAUGCGUGCAGAUCUGGGAAAGCAAAAGCUGAUGUUAAUUGCUAAGCUAAUCUCAGUAACUUCUCUCUAAUCUCACCAAAAACCCUAAUUAUGUAGCAGUUAACUAUUAAUUAAUGAUGUUGUAAUAAAAAACUAUUAAUUACUGAUUGAGUAUAUCAUGUACAGUACGAGAGUAUAUAUAUUCAAUCAAAGAAAAGUGCUUAAUGAAUAAUCUAUGAACAAUGAUGAAGGGGAUGGAGUCAGAACUCAAAGACCUAAAUUCCAAACCACCAAAAUCAAACGGCACCAUCGCCACCGUUCGUGACGAUCGUCCUCUUCUCAAAUCAGAUUCACUAUCUUCCACCACCACUACUACCACCACUACCGCGGCGGAGCUACAAGACCUCGAGAAGAAAUUCGCCGCAUAUGUUCGUCGUGAUGUUUACGGAACUAUGGGGAGAGGAGAGUUAGCACCUAAGGAGAAGCUUUUCCUUGGUUUCGCGCUAGUUACUCUUCUUCCGAUUAGAGUGAUUCUCGCUGUAACUGUUUUGGUGUGUUAUUAUGUAAUUUGUAGGGUUUGUACACUUUUUUCUACUCCUAAUCGUGAAGAUGAACAAGAGGAUUAUGCUCAUAUGGGAGGGUGGAGAAGGAAUGUUAUUGUUCGGUGUGGAAAAGCUCUUUCUAGAGUUAUGCUUUUCAUUUUUGGAUUCUAUUGGAUUACUGAUUCAUCUUCUUCCUCAAUCACUCAGGAAAACGAACCUCAGUCUGAAGAGACCGGAAGACCUGGUGUAAUAAUAUCUAAUCACGUGUCGUACUUGGAUAUUUUGUAUCACAUGUCUUCCUCGUUCCCAAGCUUUGUUGCUAAGAGAUCAGUGGCCAAGCUUCCUCUUGUUGGUCUCAUCAGCAAGUGCCUUGGUUGCAUCUAUGUUCAGCGGGAAUCAAAGACAUCAGACUUCAAGGGUGUUUCAGCUGUUGUCACCGAAAGAAUUCGAGAGGCACAUCAGAAUGAAUCUGCUCCAUUAAUGAUGUUAUUUCCAGAAGGUACAACCACAAAUGGAGAUUACCUCCUUCCAUUCAAGACUGGUGGUUUUUUGGCAAAGGCACCAGUACUUCCUGUAAUUUUAAAAUACCCUUACCAGAGAUUUAGCCCCGCUUGGGAUUCCAUAUCUGGGGUACGCCAUGUGAUAUUUCUCCUCUGUCAAUUUGUAAAUUAUAUAGAGGUGGUACGGUUACCUAUUUACUAUCCCUCGCAGCAGGAAAUGGAUGACCCCAAAUUAUAUGCCGAUAAUGUUAGAAGAUUGAUGGCUACUGAGGGUAAUCUGAUACUUUCAGAUAUUGGGCUAGCUGAAAAACGAAUCUACCAUGCUGCUCUCAAUGGUAAUAAUAGCCUGCCUAGUGUUUUGCACCCGAAAGACGAUUGAUAAUUUCAUGACCCCGGCUUCAAUUGAUAUGUAGUUACACUCGAGUUUUGGUUUCAAACUUAGAAUUUUCUUUAAAUAUGAAUGGACAGCUCACGUGAGGGGUGUGCACAGCUAAAACAUUCACCCAAAUUUCAGAAUAUUACUUGUUGUAAUUUUCUUGUAAAUGUGACCAAUAAUGUGAUUUAGUUGCUGAUGAAUGAGAAACAAUUCAAGAGUUGAAAGUUAAUAUUGUUUGCGUUUUCAUUGUGAUAAAUGACCUAACUCAUUUGAGAAAAGCCAUGUAACCUUAGAUCUGAAUCUUCUCUUUCGUGUUCCUGCAGGUUUGUUUUCCCAAUGCUAGUUCUUCGGAUACGUGGCUUGUAUAUUCGUUGUAUGGCUCUAGUAUUUAUCAGGAAAAGAAAAAAAGAAAUUAAUAUCCAUAUAGAAAAUCCUGUGCAGAACAAAUAUGUACCCAGUAACGGCCUCUGGAGUAUGAAUGGGAUUUCUUAGCAGAGGCUCGAUGUAUGUAUGAUAUAGGAUUCUCUCAAACAUUAGUAUAGUAUAGGUGUUCUAACUUCAAAAAUAACCUGCCUAUCCUUGUUAAUUAAUAUUUUAGGUUUUGUCUUUGGGUAAAACAAGCUUAUGGUUGCA